GGAUCACGAAAAAUGAAACAAUGUAGCCUGAGUCGGAGUCCCUUUCCCCAACACAUAACAAAUCUUUCUCUCGACCUUUUUUUUUUUGGAAUGGUAUUCGGUCAAUAAGGCAUUAUUGUUUAUUUUCUUUUCUUUUCUUUUUUCUUUUCUUUCUUUUUUCUUUCGUCUUUAUUUCUUCUAUAUCCUUAACAUCAUGCCUAUUGCUAAAAUAUCACCUUCUAUGCUUUCUUCUGACUUUGCCAAUUUGGCUGCUGAAGCAAAAAGAAUGACAAAGAAUGGGGCUGACUGGUUACAUCUCGAUGUUAUGGAUGGUCAUUUCGUCCCCAAUCUUACUUUGGGUGCACCUAUCAUUCAAGCUAUUCGACCUCAUACUGAAGCUUAUUUUGAUUGUCAUAUGAUGGUAUCUAAUCCUAGUCAAUGGGUGGAUGAUAUUGCUAAAGCGGGUGGACAAAUGUAUACUUUUCAUAUUGAAGCAACCAAAGAACCAUUGGCUCUUAUUCAACAAAUUCAUGAUGCAGGUAUGCAAGCAGGUGUGGCGAUUAAACCUGGCACUUCAACGGAUAGUGUGAUUGGUGCGGUGGCUGAGCAAGCUGAUAUGAUAUUGGUGAUGACGGUAGAACCUGGUUUUGGUGGUCAACGAUUUAUGGCCCAAUGUAUGCCCAAGGUAAAACAAUUACGUGAACUUUAUCCUAAUCUGGAUAUUGAAGUGGAUGGUGGUCUGGCUAUGGAAACAAUUGAUGUAUCUGCUGAAGCUGGUGCUAAUGUGAUUGUUGCUGGUACUGGGAUUUUUAAGGCUGAAGAUCCUGCCAAGGUGAUUAGUAUUUUUAGAAACAAGGUGAAUGAAGCUCAAAAACAAUGGUUGAACUAAUAGAGAUAGUAUAUAUUAUAUAAAUGUAGAUUAUUAUUUUAUUAUAUAUUUGAUGUUACCAUAGUAACCAUGUUUUGUUAGAUUCUUUCUUAUCUUUAGUUUUUUUUUUUAAGUUGUAUACAUAUUGAAAUAAAGGAAAAAAAUAAAAAGAAAAGGAAUAUCAUAGUUUUUAAUUUCCCUUUUAUACAUUGGUUUUAGUUACACAGGCCCUUUCUUAAUCUUCCAUUUUGCCGGUGAUGU